CUUUCACUUUGUAUGGUUCGAUAUCGAGGACGACAGACUUGAUUAUUUUGUACGAUAGAGCUAUAGCUGCAAGCUAUCAGAAUGGACAGCAUAAGAAGUUACCUAGGAAUGGGAAUCAAGAAGUUUAUAGGAUUCCAGGCUUUUGAACUGACUUAUCUUGGAGUAUUGGCAGUGCUCCCAUUCAUUGUAGUCCAACCAUUCAUCGCCAAAACUAUACUGUUUGUAGCUUUUCUCAUUAUACUAAAUGUAGUGUAUCAGAAACUUACCUUCAGACGAAUAAAUACAGAGGAAAAAUAUGUCUUCAUAACUGGUUGUGAUACAGGGUUUGGGAAUGCUGUGGCUCGUCGUUUAUCAGGAGAAGGACUGUCUGUAUUUGCUGGAUGUUAUAAUCCUGAUGGAAAAGGAGCCAGUCAACUUAGAUCAGAGUACAGUAGUAUACAGAUUAUAAAGCUAGAUAUUACAGAUGACAAUUCUGUUGACCUAGCUUUUGCAGAGAUAGAGAAGAAAGUCAGAGAUAAAGGAUUAUGGGCCUUGAUAAACAAUGCUGCUGUGUAUGGUGUUGGAGAUAUUGAGUUCUCUCCCCUGGAUGAAUAUAGACGUCUUGCUGAAGUUAAUUUAUUUGGUUUAGUCAGAGUUACAAAGAAAUUUAUACCCUUGGUUAGAAAAUCCAAAGGUAGAAUAGUAAAUGUAACCAGUAAUAAAGGAAGGAUAGGUAUACCCAGUAAUUCAGCAUUCUGUAUGACCAAAUAUGGACAAGAAGGAUUUACUGAUGCACUCAGAAUGGAGAUGAAAAAAUUUGGUGUGAAAGUAAUAACUGUAGAACCUGGUAAUUUUACAGGAUCCACUGCCAUGCUUAGUAAAAAUAAGCUUCCAACAUAUGAGACUGAAUUAGAAAAGAUGUGGCAGAGUAGUCCACAGACAGUGAAACAGACUUAUGGUAGAAGUUAUAUGGAUGGGAUGAUCAAAUCUAUUGCAGACUAUUCUUCCAAGUCCAGUAACUCUAUAGCACCAGUUGUCAAUACUAUAGAAAUGGCUGUUAUAUCUCAGAACCCGAAUCAACGAUACCUUGUAGAUGGAAGUAAUAGCCUUGUAGAUCAAGACAAUCUUUUGAUUCGGCUGGGAAGUUUUUUACCAGAACGUGUCAUAGAUUUCAUGGUGGAUAGAGCUUACAGUUCUGAUAAGCUGCUUCCAAAGGAGAAAUCUGCCCAGUAAAAGUCAUUAGUUAAAAGGACAAUCUGUCUCUGAAGAGAAAUAUAAUGGACUUUUUUUCACUUGCCACAAUAAUGUACACAGAAUUUGCCACAUGUGAACAAAUCAAAUUUGAAAAUUGACUCCUAAUUUGUUUUUCAUAGUGAUUUGUAAAUUUUUGUAAUUGUAUUUAUUUAAUAAAUAUUUUCUACUACAACUGCCAAAA